GACGAGCACCAGGACGACCCGACCCGUUUCAGACAAGAAAAAAGUAAAUUACAAGUGAACAAAGACGAGAAAUAGCAACCAACUCACUCAAUUUUUAACGCGUUGAUUCGCCGAGUUCCAACUCACCACAAUUCAAUGGCGGACUCUUCGGGGACGACGCUGAUGGAUCUCAUCACUUCGGAUCCUACGCCGAUACCUCCCGCAUCUUCGUCUUCCUCGUCGGCAGCUCCGCCGGCGGCAAUGCCGCCGGUAAGUACCGGACCUUCAAAGCCGGCGUCGGAUCGGAAAUCGAAGAAAGGCACGUUGAUGCAGAUCCAGAGUGAUACAAUAUCGGCUGCGAAAGCGGCUUUGAAUCCAGUUAGAGCAAAUAUUUUGCCUCAGAAACAGAAACAGAGGAAGAAGCCAGUAUCUUACGCCCAACUUGCAAGGAGUAUUCACGAACUAGCUGCUAGUUCAGAUCAAAAAAGUUCACAGAAGCAGUUAGUACAUCACGUGUUUCCGAAACUUGCCGUUUACAAUUCUGUUGAUCCCUCAUUAGCCCCAUCUUUGCUUAUGCUUGAUCAGCAAUGCGAAGAUAGAACUGUUCUACGAUAUGUUUAUUAUUACUUGGCCAGAAUACUAGGAGAUCCCGGUUCACAAGGUUUAACUCCCGGUGGUGGAAUUCCUACACCAAAUUGGGAUGCUUUAGCUGACAUUGAUGCUGUUGGAGGUGUAACACGAGCUGAUGUUUCUCCCCGAAUAGUGGAACGACUUACUGUGGAGGCCUUGAAUGCUGAUGUUGAAUUUCACGCUCGAAGACUUCAGGCACUGAAGGCUCUUUCAUAUGCUCCUUCAAGUAACUCUGAAAUUCUGGCCCGAUUGUAUGAAAUUGUAUUUGGUAUCCUUGAUAAGGUUGCUGAUGGACCUCAGAAGCGCAAGAAAGGCAUAUUUGGGACAAAAGGAGGCGAUAAAGAGUUUAUCAUUCGAAGUAAUCUUCAAUAUGCUGCCCUAAGCGCCUUGAGAAGGCUUCCUCUGGAUCCAGGAAAUCCAGCAUUUCUUCAUCGUGCUGUGCAAGGGGUUACUUUUGCUGAUCCACUGGCUGUGAGACAUUCUUUAGAGAUGAUAUCUGAGCUGGCAGCAUUAGAUCCAUAUGCAGUUGCGAUGUCAUUAGGAAAGCUUGUUCUACCUGGGGGAGCUCUGCAUGACGUUCUUCACUUGCAUGAUGUUCUUGCUAGAGUUGCACUUGCUAGGUUGUGCUAUUCAAUAUCUAGAGCUCGGGCACUGGAUGAAAGACCGGACAUCAAGUCUCAGUUUAAUACUCUUCUGUAUCAACUCCUCCUUGAUCCCAGUGAACGAGUUUGUUUCGAGGCUAUAUUUUGUGUAUUGGGAAAAUUUGAUAAUGCGGAAAGGACUGAGGAACGUGCGGGAGGUUGGUAUCGUCUGACAAGAGAAAUUCUCAAGGUCCCAGAUGCACCUUCUGCAAAGGAUAUUGAUAUUGAAACAAAAGAUGCUCUCCCUCCAAAGCCCACCAAAGAUAAAGCAAAGAAGACAAGACGGCCCCAACUCUUGAUCAAACUUGUAAUGAGAAGGCUAGAGAGUUCUUUCCGUAGUUUCUCCCGACCUGUACUUCAUGCAGCAGCUAGGGUUGUACAGGAGAUGGGGAAAAGCAGAGCCGCUGCUUUUGCUGUAGGUUUACAGGAUCUUGAUGAAGGAGAAAAUAUCAAUACGUAUUCUGAAUAUAGUGAUUCAGAUAUCAAUGAAACCGCCUAUGAAGCUAAUCGGAAGGUUCCUUCUAUGUCAAAUGGCACAAGUGGUAAGGAAACAGUUUCCAGUUUAUUAGCCUCAUUGAUGGAAGUGGUGAGGACAACUGUAGCAUGUGAAUGUGUUUAUGUUCGUGCAAUGGUUAUUAAAGCAUUGAUAUGGAUGCAAAGUCCACAUGAAUCCUUUGAUGAACUAAAAUCAAUAAUUGCGUCUGAGCUUUCUGAUCCCGCUUGGCCGGCAACUCUAUUAAAUGAUGUUUUACUCACCUUGCAUGCUCGCUUUAAGGCUACUCCAGAUAUGGCUGUGACUCUUCUUGAGAUUGCUAGAAUAUUUGCUACUAAAGUUCCUGGAAAAAUUGACGCUGAUGUAUUGCAACUACUGUGGAAAACAUGCCUAGUUGGAGCUGGUCCUGAUGGUAAACACACGGCUCUCGAAGCAGUCACAAUUGUUCUUGAUCUACCACCUCCACAACCUGGGUCAAUGUUGGGAAUUACGUCAAUUGAUGGAGUCUCUGCAUCAGAUCCCAAGUCAGCACUUGCACUGCAGCGAUUAGUCCAGGCAGCAGUCUGGUUUCUUGGUGAAAAUGCAAAUUAUGCUGCUUCCGAAUAUGCUUGGGAGUCUGCAACCCCUCCGGGUACUGCAUUAAUGAUGUUAGAUGCUGAUAAAAUGGUUGCUGCUGCCAGUUCUCGGAACCCGACUUUAGCUGGUGCACUCACUCGACUUCAAAGAUGUGCUUUUAGUGGCAGUUGGGAGGUUCGCAUUAUAGCGGCUCAAGCUCUUACAACUAUGGCAAUAAGAUCCGGGGAGCCAUAUAGAUUACAGAUCUAUGAAUUUCUUCAUACGUUAGCUCAGGGUGGUGUGCAGUCCCAGUUUUCAGAUAUGCACAUCAGCAAUGGGGAAGAUCAAGGAGCUAGUGGUACUGGGCUAGGAUCACUUAUAAGUCCUAUGAUAAAGGUCCUUGACGAAAUGUACAGUGGGCAGGAUGAAUUGAUCAAGGAUAUGAGAAACCAUGAUAAUGCAAAGAAGGAAUGGACAGAUGAAGAACUUAAGAAGCUCUAUGAAACCCAUGAGCGGUUGCUGGAUCUUGUCUCACUAUUCUGUUACGUUCCACGAGCAAAGUAUCUACCACUGGGGCCAACAAGUGCAAAACUUAUCGACAUUUAUCGCAAUCGGCACAACAUAAGUGCGUCAGCCGGCAUGAAUGAUCCAGCUGUCGCCACAGGAAUUUCUGAACUUAUUUACGAAACCAAUAAAGAAACACCUGCCGAUCCUGAUUCCCUGGAUGAUGACCUAGUGAAUGCCUGGGCAGCAAACCUUGGAGAUGAUGGUUUGUGGGGAAAAAAUGCUCCUGCUAUGAAUAGGGUUAAUGAGUUUCUUGCUGGGGCUGGUACUGAUGCUCCAGACGUAGAGGAGAACAUUACUUCCAGACCUUCGAUGAGCUAUGAUGAUAUGUGGGCGAAGACUCUCUUAGAGACAACAGAAUUAGGGGAAGAUGAUAGGUCGUCUGGGUCCUCAUCUCCAGAUUCAAUAGGAUCAGUUGAGACCUCCAUAUCUUCUCACUUCGGUGGAAUGAAUUACCCUUCAUUGUUCAGUUCAAAGCCAGCCUAUGGUUCAUCACAAUCUACGGAAAAACCAGUUGCAAGCAGAUUUAGUAAUCCCUCUGGAAGUAGUUCCUCUCUAUAUGGGGAUACGAUUAAUGAAGAACCCCCUCCAUAUACAUCACCUGUGCGAAGAUUCGAGUCAUUUGAAAAUCCCUUAGCUGGGCCUGGUUCUUCUAGUUUUGAGUCUUCUCAGGAUGAGGAACGGGUCUCUUCUGGAAAUCCUCAAUAUGGAUCAGCACUUUAUGACUUCUCUGCUGGUGGUGAUGAUGAACUAAAUCUGACGGCAGGAGAAGAGGUGGAAAUUGAGUAUGAAGUUGAUGGCUGGUUUUAUGUAAAGAAAAAACGUCCAGGCAGGGAUGGAAAAACGGCAGGUCUUGUUCCUGUACUGUAUGUAAGCCAAUCAUGAUGAUGCAUAACAUCGACAUAGAUUCAGGUUGGGAUGGAAAAACAACAGGUCUUGUUCCUGUACUGUAUGUGAUCUUAUCAUGAUGAUGCAUAAUAUAAGACAGGUAAACCCAUUUGAUGUCUUCUCUUGGGUAGUUUUUGCCGCUUGAGAACAUAUUUUUGGCUAGCAGAGCUCGGAGGCGAGGUUCGCAGGCUGCCUGCAUAUUCUUGGAAAGUGAUUUAGUUUUGUUUUGGUGUCUAGUUCUUCUGGAACCAACAUUUAUUUGUAUCAUAGUUUUUGGCUUUAGCUUCUCUUCUUCUCUGGGUUUGUGUUGUAACUGUACCAAUUGUAUUUAUCAGAAUUAUAUGUAACUAGCAAAUGAUUGUUUUAGCUUAGCCCAGACCCUAGUUGUAUUAUAUUUAUUUUUAACUAAAGCAAUAUAUAAAUUUACUCUUACUAA